CCGACACCAAGCUCGAGGAACAGACAAACAAAUCAUAUCAUCAUUAAAACAACUCGGCCUCGUAUAUGUACUAACAAGUGAAUUUCGAUUAUUUAAUUGUUUUGGUAAAUUGUGAAUGAUAACUUUUCCUUAGACAACUCAGGGAUCGUAAACAUGGCAGUGCUAAACAACGAUCUGCGCCGAAAUGUAGUCGAGUCCUGCAUGGUUGAUCAUGAAAACGUUCCACACCUCUUCAUCGUCCUCAAUUCCACCGUCAACAUCAUUCUAAUGAUAAUAUCGAUCCUAGCAAACAGCGUGGUGAUAGCAGCAGUGUGGAAAACGCCAUCCUUGCGCUACCCGUCAAUUUUAUUACUUUGUGGUCUCGCAAUGUCUGAUGUUACUGUUGGUUUGGUUGUGGAGCCCUUAUUUAUUGCCCUGGAAUUGUUAUUACUUCGUGGUUAUCAGGAUACCGAUGUUUGUAGGCUGGAAACGGUGUUUAUUUUCAGCGCAUAUUUUGUUUGUGGAGUUUCCAUUUUAAAUGUCCUACUAACUAACGUAGAUAGAUUCUUAGCGAUUCACUAUCCACUGAGGUAUGACACUAUCGUAAUUGUCCCUCGUGUUUUUUCCCUCAUAAUUUCGUGUUGGCUAAUAAGUGCUUUAAGCACGACUUUAUGGGUAUGGCAUAAGACGGCAUUUGAGUAUGUGGUUAAUGCUUUCAUGAUAGCGUUUGUCAGCACAUCAACAGUCAUCCAAAUUAUGAUCUACCGAGUAGUUCGCCGACACAGAAGAGAAAUCCAUGCUCAAGAAGAGGUAGUACGCAUAACACAUCAUUUCAAUAUGAUGCUCUUCAUAAAAAGUUGCAUCAAUACAAUCCUUGUGCAUUAUCUCUUAAUAUUUUGUUACUUGCCUUAUCUCGUAACUGGGAUUGUGUAUUCUGUUUCAAAGGGGAAUAUUAGAUCGCUGAUAGUUUGGAAACUGGCGCUCACAGCAGUAUUCUUAAACUCGGCUCUAAAUCCUUUCCUUUACUGCUGGCGACUCCAAGCCAUUCGGAAUCCUAUCAAGCUUUUACUCAGGAAGAUUUUCUGCCCUAACAGUGACGCUUCGGCUUUAAACCGUAGUGUAUAGCAGGUUAAAGCAAUUUGAUACUGUAAGGCUUU